UCGUUGUUGUAGCCGGCAACCGUCAAGUUGGAUUUGUUGCACAUUUUAAUAAAUAUUUAAUCAUAUGUUGUAAAUAAAUAGAAAAUUUAAACUAUUUAACUUGUAAAAGGAUGGCAGGACCAGACGUAGCUGCUUUAGCAGCGGAUCUAGCACGAGCUGUUGAAUUAACCAUGAGUGCUAGUGCCUCACAGUCGGACCGAUUAAGGGCAUACCAAGCUUGCGAAAGUUUUAAAGAAACGUCUCCUCUUUGUGCAGAAGCUGGUCUUUAUUUGGCUGCAGGAACACAGCAUUCCUUGAUAUCUAGGCAUUUUGGACUCCAGCUCAUGGAGCAUACCGUGAAAUAUAGAUGGACACAAAUUUCCCAACAAGAGAAAAUUUUUAUAAAGGAAAAUGCUAUGAAAUUAUUGGCUGCGGGUGGUAUAAGUGACGAAUCUCAUAUGAAAGAUGCACUAAGUCGGGUGAUUGUAGAAAUGGUAAAGAGAGAGUGGCCUCAACAGUGGCCUGGUCUGUUGUCUGAAUUAUCCGAUGCUUGCGCUUGUGGUGAAAUACAAACGGAAUUAGUCCUUCUUGUUUUUUUACGUCUUGUUGAGGAUGUAGCUUUACUUCAGACUUUGGAAUCGAAUCAGCGGCGAAAAGACAUUUAUCAUGCAUUAACAGCGAAUAUGGCCGUGAUAUUUGAUUUUUUCUUGAGACUAAUAGAACUACAUGUUGGCCAGUUUAAAUUAUUUAGCGAAACAGAUGCUUCUAAAGCAAACGGCCACGGGCGAGUAGUUCAAGUAGUCUUGCUGACGUUAACUGGAUUUGUGGAAUGGGUUUCCGUAACCCAUAUAAUGGCUCAGAAUGGGAGAUUAUUACAGAUUCUUUGUUUACUAUUAAAUGACUCUGCAUUUCAAUAUUCUGCUGCUGAAUGUCUUUCACAGAUUGUAAAUCGUAAGGGAAAGAUAGAUGAAAGAAAACCAUUAUUGAUAUUAUUUGAUUCAGAACCGAUGCAGUGUUUAUUGACUGCUGCUAAAAACCCAGGGAGUGUUUUGGACGAGCAGCAUUAUUUGUUUAAAAAAAAAUUAAUUCAGGUUUUAGGUGGACUGGCAACCCAAGUCUGCACCCUGUGGGGCAAAGAUGGGCUCUCGAGGCCUAAUAACUUCUCAGUAUUUCUAGAAGCCAUCUUGGCCUACAGUAGCCACAAAAGUCUGUGCUUAGCGCAUUCUGCCAACCCGAUCUGGAAUAGUAUGUUCAAAAACGAACACGUAUCUCGGGAUCCCGUCUUCCUGUCUUACAUACCCCAGUGGGUACAGUGUACGGCUCCGAAGAUCAUUAAAUUCAAUUACCCCGUGGGGAAGAGCCCAACAGCUGAGGAGGUUACCGAAAGCGGGGCUUAUGCCAAGGUUGAUUUUGACAGCGAGGAAGAGUUUUCGGCAUUGUUUUACAGAUGUAGGUCUGAUUUUUUGGAGUCUUUUAGGCAAGCUACAGUGGUUGCACCUUUGGUUACAUUCAACUACGUCGAGCAGUGGUUAAUCAAAUGUUUACAAGUCCCCAACUUAACGACCGGAAUGACUACAUCAGAUCCAAUUUAUCAGGAGUGGGAGGCUUUAUCAAAUUUUCUCGAAAGUAUAUUGAGCAGAGUCUUGCAAGCUACGGAAAGGCCAUCUAUUGCAUCUGGACUAAGAUUACUCCAGCUGUGUCUUUCGUAUCAACCGACCGAUCCUUUGAUCCUCUCCACUUUGCUGACUUGCAUCUCUGCUCUUUUCGUCUUUCUUAGCAUGUCAACUGGACAGAUGGCACCCACAGCAAGUUCGGUUGCAGCGUCCGGAGCAGCUCUCUUACCUCAGGUCCUGGAAAAGAUAUUUGCAACCCUAAUUUACACCCCUGAAGGUCAAUCCAUAAGCAACAGAUCCCGCGCCGUCAAAAACGUCAGGCGGCACGCCGCCUCUCUGAUGGUUAAGAUCGGUUUUAAAUACCCCUUACUGCUUUUACCUGUAUUUGAUCAGAUCAGGGCGACGGUUGAAAAUCUCUCUAGGCCCGAUGGGCCCGCUCACUUGAGCAGCAUGGAGAAGGUUACCCUACAAGAGGCUUUGUUGCUUAUCUCUAACCAUUUCGGGGACUACGACAGGCAGAGCAAUUUUGUCGGCGAGAUGUUGCGGGAAGCAAAUAGUCAGUUUUUGGAAAUCGCCAAUGCAGGUGCUUUUAGAGGUGCUACUGAAUUCAUAGCAUUUGUCGGUCUGGACAAACCGCCAGUGCCCAGCAACACUGAAGACAUCUGCGGGCAGAAUCGCAGCAACAUCGUGUUCUGCGUGAACUUAAUUCUGGGUGCGAUCAAACGGUGUUCCUGGCCCGACGACCCGGAAAGGGCAACCAGGGGUGGUUUCGUCGUCUCCCUAACAGAAUCGGGCAAUCCUGUUUGUCGAAAUCCUGCUGCUCCUCACGUUGUACCCCUCCUGCCUCACCUGAUGUCAUUAAUUAAAAUUUUCAACGAACUGUUCACUCCGGAAGCGCAAAAUUCCAUACACGAAAGCUACAAGGGGUGUUUGGCCAUGCAGGAAACGGAGAAGUCUAAUUUGCUGGGACUCAUCGGCCACGCCGUGUCUGACAGCGGGAAUACGCAGGUCGUCCAGAGCCCCCUCGAAAGAAUGCAGAGAUUUUUGACUGGAUUGCACGAGAGCUGUUAUCACCUGGUUGGGUCGUUAGGACCCUCCUUAGGGAGGGAUUUGUAUAAUAUCCCAGAUUUAGGAUUAGCGGUAAUUAACAGCGUGUUGUCAUGUUUACAGUACAUACCAGACUAUCGAAUUAGACCCAUAAUACGGGUCUUCCUGAAACCAUUUAUAUACUCUUGCCCAGCUCCAUACUACGAAAUGGUUCUGCUUCCUAUAUUAGCUCAUAUCACUCCAAUAAUUUUGUCCAGACUGCACACAAAAUGGCAGCAGGUCAUCGAAUUUCGUAACAGAGAGGCACAAGAAGACAACGGCGAUACUCAGGAGGUGCUCGAAGACAUAUUGACGCGGGUGCUGACCAGGGAAUACUUGGAUUUACUCAAGGUGGCGCUGGUCGGCGGCAGUUUGACUCCCGAAUCGAAUUCGGAAACCAUGGAGACCGAAGACCACAGUAUGGACUCGCCCCCUCCCUCUCAUACUCGUUCAAAUAUGACAACCGAAGUUAUUUCUGAUUUAGGUCUUAUUCUGUUGAGGAGCGAGAAGACGUGUCAGUCGAUCGUCUUGACGGUUCUGGGGGCCCUUUCCUGGAUUGACAGCAACGCUUCGUUGAAGGCGACUUACUUGACAGGUCCUAUUGUGCGACAGCUAGUUUUGGACAAUUCGUUAAAUGGAGAGAUGGCAGCACAUAUUAUGGCAGCUGUAUUAAACGCUUUGACGUUACACGGUCAACAUGAGGCGAAUCAGGGGCUGCUGCUCACACUAGGAGCCCAGAUUUAUGAACUUCUGAGGCCCUCAUUUCUGGAAGUUUUGACCAUAAUGCAACAGAUACCGGGAGUAAACCCCGUAGAUUUGCAGAAGUUGGACGAGAGAAUUUCGGGGGGUACCAGUAAAGGGAACAAGAUCGAGAAAGUCAAGAAGGACCUUUUUAAGAAAUUGACAGGAAAUCUCAUCGGAAGAAGUGUCGGCCAGUUAUUCAAGAAGGAAGUUAAAAUCCACGACCUGCCCCGAAUAGUGAUACCGAAGAAGGCAGAUCAGAAUGUGGUAAUUACUGACUUAAGGAACGUCUUUAGUUAGUAAUUUGGCUAAAUAUUUGUUAUUUAUCGUGUAAUUAAUUAUUAAUUGUAAUAUCGUGAAAUUUGUACAACAUUCCUUGUUGUCCAAUUCAGCCUGACUGGUAAACACAAUGCAUUAAAAAAUAAAUUUUUAAUUAAAUGCAUUAUUUUGUAUAUAUUUGUUAGAUAUAUUUUUUAUUUAAU